AUGGCUACGCUUGCCCAGUUGGGCGUCGACAAUCCAGCAGAUUCCGUGGAGUUUUGCCCCUUUCCAGGAUUUUCGAGUCUUCUCGCGUGUGGCACAUACCAGCUCCAAGCUGGAGGAGACUCUGUCGAUGAUCCCCUCCCGCAAAAGCGCUUAGGACAGUGUCUUCUCUACAGAUGGAUCGAAGAGAAACAAGAGCUAACUCAGCUAUAUCGACAUGAGCAAGCUGGGGUGUUGGAUAUGAAAUGGUCUCGCUGUCUGUUAUUGGAAAGACCCAUACUGGCGAUCGCAGAUGCUGAAGGUCAUGUCGUAGUUCACAAAUGGCUCGAACACGAACACUCUUUGGAAACAGUUCAAAGCAUUGAUUGCGCCAAGGCCGAUGUUCUGUGCCUCUCUAUCGACUGGUCGGAUAGGCGAAGACUGCCUGUGUCUGGGCCAGGGUCUCUCGUGGUCUCAAAGUCUGACGGACAUUAUUCUAAUUGGUGCGCUCACGACUUCGAGUCUUGGAUAGCGGCGUGGGAUUACUGGGAUGAACAUAUUGUCUACUCAGGCGGCGAUGAUUGUAAGCUCAAAGCUUGGGAUAUACGGCAAGAACCGUCGCAUCCUAUUUUCUGGUCAUCACUAUUGCUAAGGCGUUCAAGGUUUGACGCUGGGGUGACUACCAUUCAAAGUCACCCUUUUGUGGAACAUUUGAUAGCUGUUGGAAGCUAUGAUGAUACCGUACGACUGUUCGAUGUCCGCCAGUCAAAGGAACCCUUCGCCGCCAUCAACAUUGGAGGGGGUGCCUGGCGGGUUAAAUGGCAUCACAAGCCAGAGCGCUCACAAGAUCUCCUCGUCGCUUGCAUGCAUGACGGCUUUAAAGUUCUCCAGUUUGGUCCCAACAGAAUACCUGACUCUCAGGCCCUCGAUCAAUUUGGCAGCUUCAAUAUAAUCAAGCGAUAUGAAGCUCACCAAUCGCUGGCAUAUGGUGCCGAUUGGAGCUAUCAGGACGCAGCGGGUAGCGAUUCGUAUAUCGCCACCUGUUCGUUUUACGAUCACUCUUUACAUAUCUGGACAGGCUGA